AUGUCGGGUUUCAUCCACAAGGCCGAAGACGCUCUUCAUCUUCACCACCACAAGGACAAGACCGAGCACAAGCACGAAGAAGCACAUGAGCAUCCUCCCACCAUCGGUCGUGAAGGCCACGAGCACACCCACCGCUCUCAUCCCCCUCAGAACAAGCAUACGCACCCCCACCCCAACGAGGAGCAGAUUGCCCGCGACGAUUUCCGCGCUGACAAAGAAUAUGACCGUGCGUUGAGGUCUCCUCACCAUGGGCCUGGAAUUGGAUUUGAGGCGUAG